AUGAAUGAGACACCCACCAAUGAUGAAAACGUUCAGCUUUCCAUACUUGUGUCAGAUCCUCAAAAACAGAGAGAUGAGCAAGGAAAAUCGUCCUUUUACGUGACUUAUCAAAUUUCAACGAAAACCAACGAUAAAUCUUACUACGAGGCGUACCAUAAGCAGCAAAACCGUUCACAAGAUAAGAGUGAUGGAAACUCAAUGGAGAUUAUAGUUGUCCACAGGCGUUAUAGCGACUUUUUGCUCCUGCAAAGUAUUUUGAGCCAGGACAAUCCUACGUGUGUGAUCCCUCCACUUCCCGACAAAAAGGUUUUCCAGUACAUUGCAGGUGAUCGAUUUAGCCAGACCUUUACCCAAAAAAGGUGUCAUAGUCUACAAAACUUUUUGAGACGAAUCUCGGAGCACCCAGUGCUUUCAAAAUCGCAGGUCCUGAUGACUUUUCUGACCAGCGGGGACUGGGAUGCGUACCGUCGGAGUCUUUCGGGAUCGUUGAACGGUGGCAAAGAAGAGGUCAGUGACACUUUCAUGAACGCGUUCAAGUCUGUGCACAACCAAACCGAAGAAUUUGUGGAGAUCAAAGAGAAAAGCGAUAAAUUAGAUCACAAUGUUUCGAAGAUCGAUAAGGUUUUCCAUCGAGUUGUCAAGCGACAGGACUCUAUCUCGGACGACUAUCUCAAAUUUAGCACGCAUCUUCAAGACCUGCAGGAACUGGUCUCCAAUAACUCUGUCGAAGAUGAAACCUUGAGAUCGAAAGUCAAGCUUUUCAAUGAGGGCAUUUCUCAACUAUCUUACGGACUCAAGGAUUUGAGCAAGUUUUUGGAAUACGAAUACAUUGUCGAUCUGAAAGAUCUGGAGCAUUACAUCGACAGUGUCAAUCAAACAGUCAAGAUGAAGGAUCAAAAACAAAUCGAUUACGAAGAGCUAAGCAAUUACCUCACGAGGUCGAUCAAUGAAAAGAACAAUCUGAUCUCUGGUUAUGGAGGUGGUAAUUUUUUCACAAGUAAGCUAGAAGAACUAGCAGGCAUCAAUCAAGAAGCGGCGAGACGAGAGAAGAUAUCCAAGCUCGAGGGCAAAAUCACGUCGCUGACAGGCGAGGUCGACAAUGCCAAAGAGGUAGCAGAUGCAUUCGAGCGAGCCGUCUUGAAAGAGGUGGCAGUAUUCGAAGAAAUUAAAACAAAAGAAUUGAAAAACUCUCUAGCUUCACUGGCCGAUAAUCAGAUUGAGUUUUACAAGAAAAUGGUAGACACUUGGACAAAAGUGGAAGAAGGUUUAUGA